AUGCUGCUGCCGCGUCGUGGAUAUGCAUGGGCUUGCCAAGGUGCACGACGAUACGUCCACGCAUCCAUUUGCACAAGACGCGUUCAGCGGAAAAGCACCAAAGAUCUCCCCGUACAUGCACACAAGCCUAUUCCGUUGAAGCAUAGUGAGCCAGGGGGGACGACCAUCUCCCAUGAUUGGCCGCCGUUGGCGCUGGGUGUGCUGGAGAACAUGCGUGCAUUCCCAAAGUGCAUUUUACUGACGCGGGUGGGUGGAUUCUAUGAGUCGUACUUUGAUCAGGCACCCACCGUUGCUCAGACACUGAGUAUAAAACUUGCAUCUCGCAAGUGGGCCGGUCAAAGCAUUCCUAUGGCGGGCUUUCCUAUCCACCAGCUGGAAAAGUAUCUCAAGGUGCUUGUACAAGACUGCGGCAUGCUGGUAGCUAUAUGCGAGGAGUUUAAGGCGUCUUUGUCGUCUGGCGCUCCAUCGUUUCAGCGCCGCGUGACUCGCGUUGUCUCGCCAGGCACAUUGAUUGAUGAAAGGUUCCUGGACCCAUUUCACAACAAUUUCAUCUUGGCUGUUUCGUCACCUCCACCUCUAUCGCCCACACCGUCGUCAUCGUUGCCAUCAUCGGCGUCUGCGCCGGGGUCGACCUUGUCAGCGGGCCGCUCAUAUGGCCUGGCAUGGCUUGAUGUUAGCACGGCUGAUUUCGGAACUGUUGUACAUAACGAUGAAAAAACGUUACGGGACGAGAUCGUGCGUCUCGCUCCACGGGAAGUCGUACUCAUCGCAGAUGCCUUUGACGCUUCGCAUCCAGUGUAUGAAGCUACCAACCGUGUCCAAGCACCCGUAGCAUUCGUGCCUACCCUCACCCAUGCACAAGAGAAUAUACUAGGUGUAUCGCAGGCGAAUCUGUGUGACGCGGAGCGCAAAGCCAUUGAGAUCCUCACCUCCUACUUACAGACGCGGCUCCUGGAACACAUGCCCGGCAUGUCCGUAUGCGAAGAAGGUGGAUCUGCUCGAGCUUCUGGCGACUAUGUCAUGCACCUAGAUGCCGCCACACUGAAUGCACUCGAGAUCCGAGAAACACAGGAUCAUAGCGCUCGGGGCAGUCUAGUCAGCAUUGUUCGACGCACUGUGACACAAGGCGGCGCGCGGCUAUGUGUGCAAUGGCUCACUCAGCCAAGCAUGUCACUGCGUCUCAUUCGUGCGCGGCAUGCGUUAGUAGAGCUGUUUCUUCAGCGCUCGUUCUUGCGCCAGGAUUUGCGUGUGCUUCUUCGCACCGGUGUCGGCGAUAUCAUGCGCACACUCCAGCGGAUCAGUUUGCGUCGGAACGAUGAGCAAGACCUGCUAGAGAUCCGAGACUUUAUUCGCACAAGUGAGCGUUUGGUAGCGAGUCUUGCGUCUAUUGACGUACAUGAGCUGCAUGAACUUCUUCAGCGGUUUACUGCGCUUCACGCGUUGGGUGAGCGACUUGAGAUGGCCAUUGAUGAGCGUGUUAUGGAGAAGCGGAUCCAGCAGCAGGAGGCGCGUUUGCAAACUUAUGAUGCGAUGUACGCAGGGGGACCUAUGCCUCCGGCUGACGCAUCUGCGCCAUCGAAACGUACUCGUCGUACAUCAUCGCCACCAUCACUCACGCUGCCCGAGUCAAUGUGGGGCGACAAUAUUGAGCAUCUUAUACGACCAGAUGCAUCACCACUUCUCCUAACACUCACAAAUGAAUUCAAUGCACUUCGUGCAGAGGCACGUACUCUUGAAAAUGCGCUGCGUGCAGAGCAUUCGGAGCCUGUGACACUCAGGUUCUUGCUGGGUCAGGGGCAUGUUGUGCAUUUUCCCUCGGUCCGAGGGCAUGUUAGCGAGAGUUUGUCGCUUGCAUAUAAGACUAAAACCACCCGAACAUACUAUCAUGCAGAGUGGACACGGAUCGGGACGCAGCUACAGAAGCUCAGAGACCAGCUGUCGGAGUGUGAGCGACGCAUGCUGGAGACACUGCGUCUCGAAGUGCUCGAGCAUACCGCUGCGUUGCGUCGCAAUGCCCGCCUCGUUGAUCAAUUGGACGUACUUCUGGGCUUUGCACAAGUAGCUGAGGAACUCUCACUUGUGCGGCCACAAAUGGAUGAGUCGACAAGCUUCGACAUUAAGGGAGGGAGGCACCUGGGUGUUGAAAUGGGACUACUGGAGCGUGAGCGUCUUUUUACGAAGAACGAUCUUGAACUGGGCGGUCAGGCACGUCUGCAUCUGGUGACGGGACCCAAUAUGGGCGGCAAAUCGACGUUUCUACGACAAAAUGCCGUGAUGGCUGUGCUAGCCCAGGCGGGCUCAUUUGUACCGGCUGAGAGCGCGCGUUUGGGCCUUGUCGAUGCUAUAUUCAGUCGCGUCGGUGCAAAGGACGACUUGUUUCACAGUCGCAGCACGUUUAUGGUCGAAAUGGCCGAGACUGCUGAGCUUUUGCACCGCGCGACGCAGCGGAGCUUUGUCAUUGCUGACGAAAUUGGCCGCGGAACGAAUACAUCUGUUGGUUUAUCUGUGGCUUUUGCUGUGCUCUACACACUGGCGAUGAGGAUCCAGUGCCGAUCGCUCUUUGCAACACAUUACUACGAGCUCGCCGACAUACUCGAAAAGCAUCCGUCUUCUUCGCAACUACCACAGACCCAAGCAUUGCGUCGUGCUGUUGGCUUUUUCUGUACGCGUCUCGAGCAGCGAAGUGAUGGCGCCCUGUUGUUCUCGCAUCGGGUACGACCUGGCGUGAAUCGUGCGUCGCAUGGACUAGACAUUGCUCGGCUGGCAGACAUGCCACCCGAUACAAUGGAGCUUGCUGUCAGGACACAUUCGUGGCUUGUCAAGCAUGGCCAAGCUCACAUGCGUACCCAUGGCUUGGUCGACCAAGUCCUUAUGGCUUUGUAG